AUGAGGUUCCCACUGAUAUCGGUGCUCCUGGCAGGGGCUCUAAUGGCUGCUUUCGGGGACAUCAGGACACGCCAAACGAACAUUAAAUGCGUAACGCGGGAUCCAUCGUAUGCGAAGCCGCUUGUCUGCCGCCUGAACGUGCUGGGACGUGGCAUUAUCGGAGCCAAUGUCCAUGUGAAAUUGCUCAAACUACCAGUUCGGAAGGUGUCCAUCAAUUUCAGCAUCUUUCAAAAACUCUCCGGCUACCAUCCGUUCCUGUUCAACGUCACCGUGGACUUUUGCCACUACAUGAAGCACCCGAAUCCCCUCAACGUCUUCUACUACUUCUACGGCGCAAUGCUGCCCUUCAUCAACGUGAACCACACUUGCCCCAUCAAUCACGAUAUUAUCCUGAAAGACUUUGUUCUGGAUGAUCAAAUGUUCGCCAAAGUCCCUCUACCCAAGGGCAGCUACAUGUUCGAGAUCAAAAUAAUCAGCGAGGGUGUGUGGAGGGGGACCAUUUACUCUUACUUGGAUAUUAAUGUGGAUGAUAAUCCCCGUAUUAAGUCGGGCUAA